AUGGCUACGAGGGGGGAUAAGGGGAAUGGAAAUGGCGAGGAGCAGAUCGUCGAGACGUUGGCGGAAGUGUUCCGAUGCUUCAUUUGUAUGGAGAAACUGGUGGAUGCGCACCUAUGCCCUCAUUGCUCAAAGCUCUGCUGCUACGCCUGUGUUCGGCGCUGGCUGACAGAACAGCGGUCACAGUGCCCGCACUGCCGUGCUGCCCUGCAUUUGCACGAGUUAGUAAAUUGCCGUUGGGUAGAAGAAGUUACCCAGCAAAUCGAGACAAUGCAGCAAACCAAUUCAGCCAGCCAAAGAGAAAGUUUCAGGGACAGAUGUCCAACCCAUCAAGAAAAGCUUACGGUUUACUGUUGGACAUGUAGACGUUGUAUUUGUCAUCAAUGUGCGCUGUGGGGCGGCACUCACUCGGGCCAUACCUUCAAGCCACUCGAAGAAGUGUAUGAGCAGCAUGUCACGCAGAUCCGUGAUGAGGUCUCCCAGCUGAGGCGCAGAUUGAUGGAACUUAUCAGUCUUGUUCAAGAUGUGGAACGGAACGUAGAGUCCGUACGUGCUGCCAAAGAUGAACGCGUGCGCGAAAUUCGCAACGCAGUAGAACUUAUGAUAUCGCGACUAGACUCUGCGUUAAAAGCAAAAUUACUGACGCUGAUGGGCCAAAAGAACAGCCUCACACAAGAGACUGAACAACUCGAACAUCUACUGCAGGAGAUUGAGCACCAGCUACAUUCCAGUACAAGGUCUGAAUUGAUCACUAAAAGUGGUGAGCUGUCGAAGAUGAUUCAUCAGGUUCGCAAGAAACCCAUGGCAAGCUUUGUCACAGCUCCGGUACCGGCCGAUUUCCACAGUGAAAUCGUGCCGAGCUACGACAGCAGCACGUUCCCGCUGGCGAACUUCACACAGCUGCAGCACGCGGCGGCGCCGGUGUACUCCGCGCCGCUGCACGUGCACGGCCUGUGCUGGCGCCUCAAGGUCUACCCGGACGGCAACGGCGUCGUCAGGGGCAACUACCUCUCCGUCUUCCUCGAGCUCAGCGCCGGCCUGCCGGAGACCUCUAAGUACGAGUAUCGCGUGGAGAUGUUGCACCAAGUGUCGCGCGAUCCGUCUAAGAACAUAGUGCGCGAGUUUGCCUCGGAUUUUGAGGUGGGCGAGUGCUGGGGCUACAACCGCUUUUUCCGACUGGAUCUGCUCGCCAGCGAGGGUUACCUCAAUCCCGAAACUGAUACGCUAAUACUCAGGUUCCAAGUGCGACCACCCACCUUCUACCAACGUUGCCGCGACCAACAGUGGUACAUUAAUCAACUAAUUACGAUGCAGAAUCAGCACAUCCUGCAGAUAAAUGAUCUCAAAGAACGUUUGAAUCUAGAAAUGUCUCGCAACUCAAUAGCUGCGACCCGAACACCGAAUAGCUCAAUUCCCUCCCAAGGUGGCAACGACGCUGAUAAUCCAACGCAGAACAACCCAGUCGAUGGAAACGCUCUCAGCGGCUCAAUGCUGUUUGGCAACCAGUGGAAGUUCAACACCCCACCCAGUAUCAUGAGCAGCCAGAGACUGACUAGUCCAGGAAUACUGAACACAGCUCUAUUCCUGGACGACACGCGCAACAACGACGUGUCGUCGCAAUCAGCUUUCGGAUUCGGCGACUACUCGCCGCUCGAUCGACGCCCACACGCACACGCUCACGCUCAGCACGCACUUGAUGCGUAUAACCUGCCGUCUACUUCAAGGUUUGUUGAUACCGAAACAGAAUUACGUAAAUUACGAGAUACUAUGAAAGUAGUGCAGAAAAAGGCAAGCAAAGUCGAUGAAUUAGAAGCGCAGAUAAAAACAUUGGAGCAAAAAAAUGAACAAUUAAAGAAUUGUCUGAACAAAAAUCAGCCUACAAAAGAAAGGAAUGAGACAGUUAAGAACUGUUUGGCGUUAGGUCGGCGAGCUCGCUGGGUGCGGCUGCGGGCGCGAGUGCGGGCGCGAGUGCGGGUGCGGGCGCGGGUACGGACUCGGGCGCGGGGCGCGGACGGUGCGACGCUCGUGAGCCUGCACACGCUGCUGAGCGCCGCGCGGCCGCCCGCGCGCCUGCCGCGACACGACAAGCUGCGCGCGCCCACCAACGAGCACGCACUCACCGCUGUAGUCAGCAGCCCGGUGACGGAAGUGGGGGGUACGAGUAGCAGCGUGGCGUUGUGCGCGUCGCUGUCCUCGCCCGAGCUGCACUCCGCGGGCGGCGCGUGCGGCGAACCGGCCCGUGAGCCGCGCACCGCGCCGCAGCCCGCCGCACACGCAGCCUCCGAGUCCAGCAGCGACACCGGGGAGCUAAUGUUCACGGAACUAGAGGGCUUCGCUGAAGAUAACAACCCCAGUCAUGUUGAUGAGAAUUCAAACGAGGAAAAUGAUGUUGAUGAAGAAACUAUGUCAGGUGAGAACGACGUGGAGGGUGCAUGUGGAGCGUCGGCCGGAUGGGGUGCGGACGCACUCAGUCGGUUGCUGUGCGCUGUACACGGACGUUCCGUGACUCCAGCUGGCAGCGAUGGUUGCAACCCACCGGUGUCCGCCUCCGCCUCCGCUUCCGCUUCCGCUAUCAAUGGCGACCCGCAGUUGUCCACUGCCGCACACACUGAUAUGCUGCUGCUCAACCUUAUGCGAAUUAAUGGACUCACCCCCAAACAUUCCAAGCACGGACCAAAACGUAACUGGGCCACGAGCAUUCAAUCACAUGAGGCGGGGCGCAGUGUAAGUGGUGCGCGGGCCCAGCGGCGGAGUGCGCUCGGGCCUGCGACUAGCCAGUGUGUGAGCACGGGCACGGCUUUGGGCAUGGGCGCGGGAAUGAGCACGGGCACGGCCACGGGCACGGGUGCGGGGGCAAGUGCACGUCCGAGGACUAAGCCGCCGCGGGUGUCGCCUUCAUCUCCGGGACAGCUGCGUCGAACACACGCUGCUUUGCCUAACGGUAGCGCUGCGGGCGCGGCGGGGGCGACGCCGGGCACGCCGGAGCGCGCGGCCGCGUCGCCCGACGCGCUGCACGACUGCUGGCCCUCCGUCUCUUCCAUCAGCGACGCGGACGACGUCGACGCAAUACUCAAUUACAACGAUACGUUGUUCGACAUGCUGCUGAACAGCUUGUCGCUAGAGAGCAGCGGCGCGGCGGAGUGCGACGAGGCGCCGCCCGUUCAGCCGUGGAGCCCAGCCGCGCCGCGCGACCCGCCCGUCGCGGACUGA